AUGAUGGAUAGCAUCAAGGAUGCCGACUUCUUCGCACUGAGAAGUCUGUCGGGAAAGACUGCUAUUGUGACAGGAGGAGCAAAUGGCAUAGGGGCAGAGACUGUACGUUUGCUCAACUCAUGGGGAGCAAAUACCUUGGUUGCCGACCUGGAACGCACUCGUUCUGAUGCUGAAACAUUGAUUCAAUCAUUACAACACCCUGAAUCUGCGUCAUUUGUGGGUGUCAACAUCCUUAUUUGGACAGAAAUGAAACUUCUUUUUGCUCAAUGCAUCCAACAAUUCGGCAAAGUCGACAUUGUUGUGGCCAAUGCCGGGAUAAUGGAGAGCCAUAAGCUUUUUGAUAUUGGCAAUGUUGACGAGCAUGGGGAACUGCGCGAGUCGACAGAGGGAUUUCGUGUAAUAGAUGUCAAUCUCAAAGGAACGAUUAACAUUCUGGUAACGUCGACAUCUGGAUAUUUUGGAUCAACUGGGGUGGGAGCGUAUAUUGCAUCAAAACAUGGGAUCACUGGUCUUCUUCGAGCAGCACAACAAGUUGGUCGAGAGCUAGGGAUCAGAAUCAAUGCCGUCGCUCCGUUCUUCACGCCUACCCCUACAUUCAAAGCAUUAGCUGAGAAGUGGAAACACUCAGGUCUCAAAUCAAACACACUGGAGUGCGUCUCAAUGGCGAUUUCUCUUGCCUGCACGCGAGAUGAGACUGGAAAAUGCUACAUGAUCGCUGGAGGAAAGUUCGUGGAAGUAGAAGGCAGCAGAGAAUUGCUUCUUCCACAGUGGCUUGGGAAUGAAACUGCUGAGUUGUUACAGUCUGCUAGCAAGCUCUUUGAAGGUAACAGCUAUCCGUUGCCCGGGGAGAACGAGUGA